AUGGACCCUACCAGGGAUCCCAAUUUCAAGUCCCCUCAGGAACUAGACAGUGAGGCACUUCAAUCAAGCACCGAUAUUCCAAAAAUCGGUCCUAUUAUCCCAUAUGUGCUAGCUGAUUACAAUACAGCUAUAGAUAAACCGAUUCGUCCUCGUAAGUAUAAGAAAAAUGCCAUUAAACGGAAAUUGGCUUCUUCGAUGACUUCUACCAGUGACGAUUCCAACGAACAGCAGCAUCUGUCAGCAAAUUCGAACAAUGGGUUCAUCCCGUUGAAACAGAGGGAACUACAGCCGGUGUCAGCUGAAACGAGUGGUGAUUCUGAAUCUGAAUCUGAAUCUCCUGCAGAACCGGCGAACGUAGAUUUGGAUAUAGAUCCAAAUCCAGAAUCGGAUGAAGUUAUGGCUUCGGCUCCAGUGGCUCAUGCAUCCGGUUCGGUCUCUGGUCCAUCUGGGAUGGCAGCAGCUGCUGCAGCUGCUGCAUCCCUCGACCAAGAGAUUACUUCGAGAAUUCACAAGUUCCAAAUCGCUGAUUUGGAAGAAGUGCCUCAUGGGAUUGUGCGUCAGGCCAACAACUGGAAGGAUUAUCAAUUCCCGGCUCAUAGACUGAAACAAAGGUUAAGAAACUCAAAUAAAUUGCCCUUGGUCAUUGUUGCUUGUGGAUCGUUCUCUCCAAUCACGUACCUUCAUUUGAGAAUGUUUGAGAUGGCAUUGGAUGCAAUUUCUGAACAGACCAGAUUUGAAGUCAUCGGUGGGUACUACAGUCCCGUAAGUGACAACUAUAAGAAACCGGGAUUGGCACCAGCUCACCAUAGAGUGCGUAUGUGUGAAUUGGGCUGUGAAAGAACUUCUUCAUGGCUCAUGGUUGAUGCUUGGGAAUCGUUACAACCAACUUACACUAGAACGGCAAUGGUGUUGGACCAUUUCAACGAAGAAAUUAAUGUGAAACGGAAAGGUGUCAUCAAAAAUGACGCCGGAGAAAGAAUGGGUGUUAAGAUCAUGCUUCUUGCCGGUGGUGAUUUGAUAGAAUCCAUGGGCGAACCUAACGUCUGGGCAGAUUAUGAUUUACAUCAUAUUUUGGGUAAUUACGGCUGUCUCAUCGUGGAAAGAACAGGUUCAGAUGUUCGUUCGUUCUUGUUGUCUCACGAUAUCAUGUACGAACACAGAAGGAAUAUCCUUGUCAUUAAACAGUUGAUCUAUAAUGAUAUCUCUUCCACCAAGGUAAGGUUAUUCAUCCGACGGAGAAUGUCGGUUCAGUAUUUACUGCCAAAUUCUGUCAUCAGAUAUAUUCAAGAGCAUGGCUUGUACGUAAACCAAACUGAACCAGUGAAACAAGUUAUCGGUAACAAGGAUUGA